ACAUCCUGUGUUGGGCGCAAUGUUUGCUUAUUGCGUUCCAGCUUUGUUGACCUGUAAUGACUGAAAACUAUGAGUAUAUGCCACGAGCAGGGCCAGACCCUGAUGUUUCAUAUCCUUUAACUAUCAAGUACUGUGGUGAAUGCACUAUGCCUCUUGAGUACUGUGAAUAUUCACAAUUUCCUGAGAAAUGUCGAGCGUGGUUAGAGAAAAAUCUACCGGAAGAAUUUGAACAACUUAAUACUGAUUCAAAUCAAAUUGAAGCAGCUCCUAAAGGUCGUCAAGUUAGGGGUGGAAAAGGAGGACCGAAAAAACCAGUAAAACAACAGGUAGCAGUAUUUAAAACUUCAAGAGGCAAGAAAAAAUAUACGACAAGUGUCACUGGACUGUCCACAUUCGGGAUUGAUCUAAAAGCGGCUUCCAAAGUAUUUGGUCACAAAUUUGCAACUGGUAGUUCAGUCACAGGGAAUGGUGAUGAAAUUGUGAUUCAAGGAGAUGUAAAAGAUGAAUUAAUCAAUAUAUUGGUAGAGAAAUGGCCAGAGAUUGAUAAAGAUCUAAUCGAAAAUCUUGGUGAAAUGAAACGAUAGAAUUCAUUAGAUAUAUUUUAUGGUGUACAGUGUUGUAAUUAAUUUUCUUUCUCUGAAAAUACAACCCUUUCUAUUGCUG